UUCUAAGUCUGAAUAAACAAAUUAUUAUUUUUGAGAAUGUCUUUAUUUCUGUUUCCAGGAGGUGUUCCCCACAUCUCAGACAUGAGGAUUGUGCUGCUGGGAAACAGAAAUGCAGGGAAGAGUUCAUGUGGAAACACCAUCCUGGGCAGACAGGAGUUCCAGACUCCAGGAAGAACAGCUGAGUGUGUGAAGAGAGAAGGAGAAACAGCAGGCAGACACAUCACUGUAGUGGAGGCUCCAGGAUGGUGGAAUGACUGCACUGUAGAGCAAACUCCUGAACAUGAUAAACAAGAGAUUGUCCUCAGUGUGUCUCUGUGUCCUCCAGGACCCCAUGCUCUACUCCUGGUCAUUGAUGUGAGUGAGUCAUUCACAGAGACACACAGAAGAGCAGUGCAGGAACACCUGGAGCUCCUGGGUGAGAGAGUCUGGAGCCACACUAUAGUGCUGUUCACCUAUGGGGACUGGCUGGGAGACACAAGCAUUGAGCAGCACAUUGAGAGUGGAGGAGAGGCUCUGCAGUGGGUUGUAGAGAAAUGUGGGAACAGGUACCAUGUUUUAGACAACAAUAAGAGUGAUGGUGGCCAGGUGACAGAGCUGCUGGAGAAGAUAGAAGAGAUGGUUAUGUCUCUGGUGUAA